CAGAUGUCACUAGUGCUGUAAGCUGCAGGGUCGGUCGAAUUUUGCUGUCAUGACAACGUCAUACGGACGUUAUAAGACGCAUUUUUUUAGAGAAUAUUUUAUGUCGAAGUGUAAUCAACUGACCAAAUGACGGACGGGUCGACUGGUCAGAACAUUUCCUAGUGACCUAUUAACUUGUCGUGAUGAACUGGGCGGAGAUGUCCAGCAAAGAGGUGACAACCAUGAUGGUCACACUCAGUGACAAUCAGGUGACCAACAGCUCAGGGAUAUCAAUGACUCCACUGGACAUCGCCUAUGUCACCGUGACCGCCGCCAUGUCCCUGAUGUCCAUCUUUGGCAGCCUCGUUGUGCUGUUUGUUCACUGGUCCUACGCGGACCUUAGGACGUCGGGGAGGACAAUGUUGGUCCACCUGACGGUGGCUGACCUACUUACCGCGCUAGGAAAUCUCAUGGGCGUCACCUGGUAAGUUGUCUUAAGUUACAUGUAAAAUCUUUUGUUGAAAUAACGGGUAGACUCAGGAACGAACCCAUGGCGGGGAUAACCCAACCGGGGGGGGGGGGAUAACCCACCCCUUCUAUAGCAUUGUCAGAUACUGCAAUGGUACUUUUGAUUUUAAACUUUGAUGUGUACUUGUAAAAGGAGGGAUCUAAGAAAUUAAUCAUACUAUUUAAACAGUAACAUUUCUAACGUUGAAGCACAAGUGUUACCUGCAGAUUCGCUGUCCUUAUCAGCACAUGUCUGAGGUCUCUCUGUACUUUCUGAGCUAAUGUCAUUGAUAAAAUCACUCUACACAAAAAUGGUUUCUGACCCUCUGAUCUAAGCCAUGGGAAGGUCUUCCUAAACGGGUUUCAUUUUCCUGACUUACCGCCUGUAAAAAGGUGGCAGAGGCCUGGACAGCGCGUCCCCGGUUGUGUCGUCUAGAAAUGACAAGACACAAGCACGGAAUCAGGCAUGCAAGCACGCAUUCAGGCACACAAGCACGCAAUCAGGCACACAAGCACGCAAUCAGGCACACAAGCACGCAUUCAGGCACAUAAGCACGCAAUCAGGCACACAAGCACGCAUUCAGGCACUUAAGCACGCAAUCAGGCACACAAGCACGCAAUCAGGCACACAAGCACGCACACAUAUUUCGUUAUUUUGGUGCCCCCCCCCCUGAGGUUGGCGCCCGGGGACACGGCCCUACGAAUAGGGCAAACAUACCAUUAAAGUUGUACGCGAGAGUUCACAGGAUUAUUUUGUUCUUAAAUUCAAACAGCACUCACCUAAAAACCACACAUUAAAAAAAACAAAAACAAAAAACAACAAAAAAACCAACAAAAAACACACUUUCUUAAAAAAUUGAUUUAGGGUUUUGAAAAGUAGCUACAUUUGAAGAGAAGCUAUAUUUGAAGAGAAGCUAUAUUUGAAGAGAGGCUAUAUUUGAAGAGAGGCUAUAUUUAAAGAGAAUCUAUAUUUGAAGAGGGCCUAUAUUUGAAGAGAUGCUAUUUUUGAAGAGAGGCUAUAUUUUGAGAGAGGCUAUAUUUAAAGAGAGAGUAUAUUAGAAGAGGCUAUUUUUGAAGAGAGGCUAUAUUUGAAGAGAUGCUAUUUUUGAAGAGAGGCCAUAUUUGAAGAGAUGCUAUUUUUGAAGAGAGGCUAUAUUUAAGACUUGCGCAGAAAAGACGUUCACUCUGUUAUCCAACUCUAACUUUUUAAAACAUCUUCCAACACACACACACAACUGCAUUCUCAUUCUGUUUCUUAAGUGAACCCAUAGCACUGUUGUAAUGACACAGUGUUGUUGUUUGGAAGUAGUUGAAUUGAAAAGAACAUGUGAAUGAAUGCCCUUCUGGUCACUGAUGGUCAUUGAUGGUCUCUUAUGGUAUCUGCAGGUAUCUGAGCAUAGAAACACUGGAGUACAAAAUGGCUUAUUGUAAGUUUCACAGUGCGCUGACCAUUAUGUCCAGCAUCGCGUCAUUUUUCUGGACGGUGGUCAUCGCCUGGUUUGUGUUUUGGAUUCUAAUCCGCAUGCAACCAACAGUGAACCAAAGAGGUCAAAGUUUGAGUGACAUCAUCCUUGCUGUCGUCUGCUGGGGAGUUCCAAGUAGGCCAUUGAAUUUUUUAUACUUAUAUUUUAGUUGCACCCGCACACCCUGUCUCUCCAAGACACCCUGUCUCACCAGCACACUCUGUCUCACCAAGAUACCCUGUCUCACCCACACACCCUGUCUCACCAAGACACGCUGUCUCACCAAGACACCCUGUCUCACACACACCCUGUCUCACCCACACACCCUGUCUCACCCGCACACCCUGUCUCACCAAGACACCCUGUCUCACCCACACACCCUGUCUCACCCGCACACCCUGUCUCACCAAGACACCCUGUCUUACCCUCACAAGGACAACAAAUAUAUUUCCACAGAAAAGUCAUCCGACACCUCGGGGAGGGGGGAGGGGGGACGUUUAGAACUUAGAACAAGAAAUAUAAAGUCAAAUAAUCCAAUCAGUCAUGCGGAAUAUCCCACUUAGUCCUUACAUCCACCUAACAAUGGAUAUAACUCAGUAGUACACCCACCUAACAAUGGAUAUAACUCAGUAGUACACCCACCUAACAAUGGAUAUAACUCAUUAGCACAACCACCUAACAAUGGAUAUAACUCAUUAGCACAACCACCUAACAAUGGAUAUAACUCGGUAGCACAACCACCUAACAAUGGAUAUAACUCAUUAGCACAACCACCUAACAAUGGAUAUAACUCGGUAGUACAUCCACCUAACAAUGGAUAUAACUCAGUAGUACAUCCACCUAACAAUGGAUAUAACUCAUUAGCACAACCACCUAACAAUGGAUAUAACUCAGUAGUACAUCCACCUAACAAUGGAUAUAACUCAGUAGUACACCCACCUAACAAUGAAUAUAACUCAGUAGUACACCCACCUAACAAUGGAUAUAACUCAUUAGCACAACCACCUAACAAUGGAUAUAACUCAUUAGCACAACCACCUAACAAUGGAUAUAACUCGGUAGCACAACCACCUAACAAUGGAUAUAACUCAUUAGCACAACCACCUAACAAUGGAUAUAACUCGGUAGUACAUCCACCUAACAAUGGAUAUAACUCAGUAGUACAUCCACCUAACAAUGGAUAUAACUCAGUAGUACAUCGACCUAACAAUGGAUAUAACUCAGUAGUACACCCACCUAACAAUGGAUAUAACUCAGUAGUACAUCCACCUAACAAUGGAUAUAACUCAGUAGUACACCCACCUAACAAUGGAUAUAACUCAGUAGUACACCCACCUAACAAUGGAUAUAACUCAUUAGCACAACCACCUAACAAUGGAUAUAACUCAGUAGUACAUCCACCUAACAAUGGAUAUAACUCAGUAGUACACCCACCUAACAAUGGAUAUAACUCAGUAGUACACCCACCUAACAAUGGAUAUAACUCAGUAGUACAUCCACCUAACAAUGGAUAUAACUCAUUACAUAGACAUUAUUCAAUCGAAACUAAAUUCUCAGAAAGAUUACUUUUAACGUUAAAUCAGGCCAUUGCAAGUCGGGGGAAAAGGGGGGGGGGUGGUCAGCAAACGUUUUUGGACAAGGGUCAGUACGCAUUUUUAUUUCAUGAAAAAAACACAUUUAAAACUGCUUUCCUUGUCCGAGUGCGGCAUGAAGUGAACUAGUAAAAAGGUCGGAGUCGAAGUCACGUAAUUAAAACUCCAGAUAAAAUAUUAUUAGAUGGAAAACGUUUGAAUUGCAAAGAUCGUUUUUUCCCCACACCAGUGAGAGGCUUUUAACAGUCUUUUUUCCCCUCCUGAUAGAACAUAUAGUUGUGAAAGCUAGUCAACCCUGUCAUUCAUCACGCGACGACUGCUCUGUCACCCUAUCAUUUAUCACGUGACGACUGCUCUGUCACCCUAUCAUUCAUCACGUGACGACGGCUCUGUGAUCAUAUCAUUCAUCACGUGACAGCUGCUCUGUCACCCUAUCAUUCAUCACGUGACCACUGCUCUGUAACCCUAUCAUUCAUCACGUGACGAAUGCUCUGUCACCCUAUCAUUCAUCCCGUGACGGCUGCUCUGUCACCCUAUCAUUCAUCACGUGACGACUGCUCUGUGACCCUAUCAUUCAUCACGUGACGACUGCUCUGUGACCCUAUCAUUCAUCACGUGAUGACUGCUCUGUAACCAGACUUCAGAUCAUUCCUUUUUUAUAAGGUGCCAAACAUUUCUUUCCACCAAGUAGAUAUUGUCGAACUCGGAAUGUGUUGACCAGACGUGGAUAUUGAAAUGACCGCUACUGAUGACGCCUGAGCCACUAGUAGAUGUCUACCAGUUUCCAUGUCUUGUUUUAUCAUUCAACAAAUCAUUGGAUUGUAGAUCGUUCACUUUCACCCGAACGUCAGCUGUCAACAGCGCAAUCAAAUGUGUUGAGGAGAGUCUUAUCUUUGUUGCACUGGAGUACAGUACGAAAAUACGGUCCCGAAAUACUGCUGUUUUGUGUCCAGACUUCUCUCCUUGCACAAACUUGCGCGACUAGCAUUGGGCCUGGUGGUUUUCUGAAUGAUCUCUCACACACACAACAUGACAAAUGAGUGAAGCGAUCUCUUGAGUGCCUUCCUAUUGGUGUACAUGUCGGAGACCAGCUUGGUUUCAAACAGUGUGCUUUCCUGCUGGUGUACAUGUCGGAGACCAGCUUGGUUUCAAACAGAGUGCCUUUCCGUUGGUGUACAUGUCGGAGACCAGCUUGGUUUCAAGCCGAGUACCUUCCCGUUGCUGUACAUGUCGGAGACCAGCUUGGUUUUAAGCCAAUUCCUUCCCGUUGGUGUACAUGUCAGGUGUACAUGUCGGAGACCAGCUUGGCUUCAAGCCGAGUACCUUCCCGUUGGUGUACAUGUCAGGUGUACAUAUCGGAGACCAGCUUGGUUUCACGUGCCCUCUAAGAUUCUAUUAGGUUACUUGUUUAGGUAUAACUGCAGAAGAUGGGAACUUCCAAAGCCAUUCGUUAUAUUUGUUAGUAGCAACUGAAGGCUGAUGAUUUCAUGAAAGAAAAACUCAACCUCAGCUCUAUGUUGCUGAUUUUUUAAUAGUGAUAAAACUUUCCUUAAACUAAGUCACAUGACAGAAGUCUGCUAGGAUAAGGCGGGAUAUUCAGGUUUUAUUUCUGGCAGAAAUUCACGGAAACUGACGCUGUCUUAAAACUCCCGACUGAAACCACAUAAGACCUUGACACGAAUACAAAUCUUUUUAACACAAUGUCUGUUUAUGAAUGUGGCAACGAAGAACCGAAGGCUUGCAAUUACAAACAGUUUGGCAAGCCUUGUUUAUCACCACACACUUUGGCAAGCCUUAUCUAUGCACAAACACUUUGGCAAGCCUUGUCUAUCACCACACACUUUGGCAAGCCUUGUUUACCACUAUCUCUUAUGACAUGCUUCAGUUUUUUACAAAACGAAUUGCAUUGAGCAAUGGGUCUACCUCUUUAGAAAUGUUCUUUUCUGUUUUCUGUUACUUCAAAAUUAAUAUUGACACCGCUGGCCUGAUCAGGCCCACGGGACGAAAUUUGUCAACCCCCUCUUGUCACUAAUAACUAAAACCUUCAAAAAAAGCUUACAAAUAUUAAUUGUUUGUGUGACUUUUGUUCCCAGAAAAGUCUGCGUGUGUGUGGAAAAGGGUGUGAUGGUGUGUGUGUGUGUGUGGGAGGGGGGUCUUCUGUACACACUUAAUCCUUAUAUUCUUCGUCUGACACCGUCAGUUCUUUUAGAAUCUAACCUAAUGCCCACCUUACUCUAUGUGACAGGGCUAGCCUAAUUCCCCAUUACCCUAUGUGACAGGGCUAACCUAAAACCUCUUUACCCUAAUGUGACAGGGCUAAUGUAAUACCCCUUUACCCUAUUGACAAGGCUAACCUAAUACCCCUUUACCCUAUGUGACAGGGCUAAUCUAAUACCCGUUUACCAUAUGUGACAGGGCUAACCUAAUACCACUGUACCCUAUGUGACAAGGCAAACUUAAUACACCCUUUCCCUAUGUGACAGUGCUAACUUAAUACCCCCCUUUCCUUAUGUGACAGGGCUAACCCAAUACCCCUUAAUCUAUGUGACAGGGCUAAGCCAAUACCCUUUACCCUCUGUGACAGGGCUAACCCAAUACUACUUUAUCCUAUGUGACAGGGCUAACCUAAUACCCCUUUACCCUAUUUGACAGGGUUAACCUAAUACCCCCUUAACCUAUGUGACAGGGCUAACCUAAUAACCCUUUACCCUAUUUGACAGGGCUAACCUAAUACCCCCUUAACCUAUCUGACAGGGCUAAUCUAAUACCCCUUUACCCUAAGUGACGGGGCUAACACAAUAUCCCUUUACCCUAAGUGACAGGGCUAACCUAAUACCCCUUUACCCUAAGUGACAGGGCUAACCUAAUACCUCCUUACCCUAUGUGACAGGGCUAACAUAAUGCCCCCUAACCCUAAAUUCUUAACUUGAUUCUUCUUCUUUAAAAGUUAUCAUAGCUGUAACAGCCCUGGCCUUGGAUGUCCUUGGAUAUGAUCACAACUUAUCCCAGGCCAGCUGGUGUUGGAUAGAUCCGGAAGCAUCCAAUGGGAUGAUGUGGGCGUUGGUCACUGGGAAGGCCUGGGAACUGGCCGCCUGCAUCUUAACUGUGAGCUUGUAUGCCGCUGUGAAGGUCAUGCUAUUUAAGCAGGUAGCUAUGAUAUCUCUUUCUAACACAAGUUAUGAUACCUCUUUCUAACACCAGCUAUGACAUCUCUUUCUAACACCAACUAUGACAUCUCUUUCUAACACCAGCUAUGAUAUCUCUCUCUAACACCAGUUAUGAUAUCUCUUUCUAACACCAGUUAUGAUAUCUCUUUCUAACACCAGCUAUGAUAUCUCUUUCUAACACCAACAAUGAUAUCUCUUUCUAACACCAGUUAUGAUAUCUCUUUCUAACACCCGUUAUGAUAUCUCUUUCUAACACCAGCUAUGAUAUCUCUUUCUAACACCAGUUAUGAUAUCUCUUUCUAACACCAGUUAUGAUAUCUCUUUCUAACACCAGCUAUGAUAUCUCUUUCUAACACCAGCUAUGAUAUCUCUUUCUAACACCAGUUAUGAUAUCUCUUUCUAACACCAGCUAUGAUAUCUCUUUCUAACACCAGUUAUGAUAUCUCUUUCUAACACCAGUUAUGAUAUCUCUUUCUAACACCAGUUAUGAUAUCUCUUUCUAACACCAGCUAUGAUAUCUCUUUCUAACACCAGUUAUGAUAUCUCUUUUUAACACCAGCUAUGAUAUCUCUUUCUAACACCAGCUAUGAUAUCUCUUUCUAACACCAACUAUGAUAUCUCUUUCUAACACCAGCUAUGAUAUCUCUUUCUAACACCAGUUAUGAUAUCUCUUUCUAACACCAGGUAUGAUAUCUCUUUCUAACACCAGUUAUGAUAUCUCUUUCUAACACCAGUUAUGAUAUCUCUUUCUAACACCAGCUAUGAUAUCUCUCUCUAACACCAGUUAUGAUAUAUCUUUCUAACACCAGUUAUGAUAUCUCUCUCUAACACCAGUUAUGAUAUCUCUUUCUAACACCAGUUAUGAUAUCUCUCUCUAACACCAGCUAUGAUAUCUCUUUCUAACACCAGCUAUGAUAUCUCUCUCUAACACCAGUUAUGAUAUCUCUUUCUAACACCAGUUAUGAUAUCUCUUUCUAACACCAGCUAUGAUAUCUCUUUCUAACACCAACUAUGAUAUCUCUUUCUAACACCAGUUAUGAUAUCUCUUUCUAACACCAGUUAUGAUAUCUCUUUCUAACACCCGUUAUGAUAUCUCUUUCUAACACCAGUUAUGAUAUCUCUUUCUAACACCAGUUAUGAUAUCUCUUUCUAGCACCAGUUAUGAUAUCUCUUUCUAACACCAGCUAUGAUAGCUCUUUCUAACACCAGCUAUGAUAUCUCUUUCUAACACCAGUUAUGAUAUCUCUUUCUAACACCAGUUAUGAUAUCUCUUUCUAACACCAACUAUGAUAUCUCUUUCUAACACCAGCUAUGAUAUCUCUUUCUAACACCAGCUAUGAUAUCUCUUUCUAACACCAGCUAUGAUAUCUCUUUCUAACACCAGCUAUGAUAUCUCUUUCUAACACCAGCUAUGAUAUCUCUCUCUAACACCAGCUAUGAUAUCUCUUUCUAACACCAGCUAUGAUAUCUCUCUCUAACACCAGCUAUGAUAUCUCUUUCUAACACCAGCUAUGAUAUCUCUUUCUAACACCAGUUAUGUUAUCUCUCUCUAAUAUCAGUUAUGAUUUCUCUCUCUCUCUCUGGCACUAUAGCUAUGAUAUCAUUCUAACACCAGCUAUGAUAUCUAUCUAACACCAGCAAUAAUAUCUCUCUAAUCCCAGCUAUGAUAUCUUAUUAACACCAGCUAUGAUUUCUUAAUAACACCAGCUAUGAUAUCUGUCUAAUACCAGCUAUAAUAUCUCUCUAACAACAGCUAUGAUAUGUCUCUAACACCAGCUAUGAUAUCUCUCUAAAACCAGGCGACCUAAACUAAUACAUUCCCUUCUAUCCGUAGGCCAAGAGACGGUCUACACUAAUAUGUUCCCUUCUAUCCGUAGGCCAAGAGAUCGUCUACACUAAUAUGUUCCUUUCUAUCCGUAGGCCAAGAGACGGUCUACACUGAUAUAUUCCCUUCUAUCCGUUGGCCAAGAGACGGUCUACACUGAUAUAUUCCCUUCUAUCCGUAGACCAAGAGUUGGUCUACACUGAUACGUUCCCUUCUAUCCGUAGGCCAAGAGACGGUCUACACUGAUACGUUCCCUUCUAUCCGUAGGCCAAGAGACGGUCUACACUGAUAUAUUCCCUUCUAUCCGUAGGCCAAGAGACGGUCUACACUGAUACGUUCCCUUCUAUCCGUAGGCCAAGAGACGUUCUGCACUGAUAUGUUCCCUUCUAUCCGUAGGCCAAGAGACGGUCUACACUGAUGGGACGAACCAACCGACGAAUGGAGGAAGCUAACACGAAGCUCACGUUCGUUCCUUUAGUUUUUAUCGUGAUCAGAAUUUGGGGGACAAUCCGCUUUCUCCUGGGGAACUUCGCCCAUGACUACGCCAGCUCGUCAGAUUCUGACUGGAUUGUCAUAUUACAGGUCAAUAUUUAUUGUCUAUCCACAUAAAUCCAGGGGUUAAAUAGUUGCAACGUGAUAUUGAUAACACUGGAGGAAUAUAACCUAAUAAAAUCAACGUUACCACGGAGCCUGAUUAUUUUAACAGUAAGAAUGGCGGCGGCGAUGCAUGCACUUCUCACCCAAACACUGGUGGCGGCGAGGCGCGAACUUCCGAUCUACUAAAGUUACUUGACAAAAAUUCAUUCACGUAACCCACUUUGUAAAAAUCCCAAUUAGUGCUACACCCCAUUCCCCACUUUCCAAAUACGCCCCCCCCCACACACACACACUUUUUCACGCCCAUCAACCAUAUUAAUGUUCUAACGUCCCAGCCCCUUUACAACUCAUCUCUUAUAUAUAUUACACUUAUGGUGUGACUCGUGGACUGCUUCCUAAAGGACUGCUUCCUAAUCAACGAAUUUGGUAUUGAGAGUCUAUUACAAACAAUACUAAAGGUUUGAAAUAAAGUAUCGUUCAAUAAUGAGUUCAGUAGCGUGCAAAAUAGAAUUCCCGAUAACUACGCCAAAUGAUUUUUUUUUUUUUAAUUUUUUUUUUUAAAUAACGCAACAGCGUUUGGCGCGUAAUAGUUUCUUUUCUGAAAAUGAAAUCGUCCCAAUUUAAGUAUGGUGUAAAGAAAAAUCUGUUUAAAAGUGUUUGGGACAGCAAAAUAUUUAAAUAUAGUUCAGUGAAAUGAAAAGUGUGGUGUGACGUAUCAUUUUUGUUGUUGUUUGUUUGUCAUUUAACCAACAUGUUUGUUUGUCAUUUAACCAACAUGUUUGUUUGUCAUUUAACCAACGUGUUUGUUUGUCAUUUAACCAACGUGUUUGUUUGUCAUUUAACCAACAUGUUUGUUUGUCAUUUAACCAACGUGUUUGUUUGUCAUUUAACCAACAUGUUUGUUUGUCAUUUAACCAACGUGUUUGUUUGUCAUUUAACCAACAUGUUUGUUUGUCAUUUAACCAACAUGUUUGUUUGUCAUUUAACCAACAUGUUUGUUUGUCAUUUAACCAACAUGUUUGUUUGUCAUUUAACCAACAUGUUUGUUUGUCAUUUAACCAACAUGUUUGUUUGUCAUUUAACCAACAUGUUUGUUUGACAUUUAACCAACAUGUUUGUUCGUCAUUUAACCAACAUGUUUGUUUGUCAUUUAACCAACAUGUUUGUUUGUCAUUUAACCAACAUGUUUGUUUGACAUUUAACCAACAUGUUUGUUCGUCAUUUAACCAACAUGUUUGUUUGUCAUUUAACCAACAUGUUUGUUUGUCAUUUAACCAACGUGUUUGUUUGUCAUUUAACCAACGUGUUUGUUUGUCAUUUAACCAACGUGUUUGUUUGUCAUUUAACCAACGUGUUUGUUUGUCAUUUAACCAACAUGUUUGUUUGUCAUUUAACCAACGUGUUUGUUUGUCAUUUAACCAACGUGUUUGUUUGUCAUUUAACAAACAUGUUUGUUUGUCAUUUAACCAACGUGUUUGUUUGUCAUUUAACCAACAUGUUUGUUUGUCAUUUAACCAACAUGUUUGUUCGUCAUUUAACCAACAUGUUUGUUCGUCAUUUAACCAACGUGUUUGUUUGUCAUUUAACCAACGUGUUUGUUUGUCAUUUAACCAACGUGUUUGUUUGUCAUUUAACCAACGUGUUUGUUUGUCAUUUAACCAACAUGUUUGUUUGUCAUUUAACCAACGUGUUUGUUCGUCAUUUAACCAACAUGUUUGUUCGUCAUUUAACCAACAUGUUUGUUCGUCAUUUAACCAACAUGUUUGUUCGUCAUUUAACCAACAUGUUUGUUUGUCAUUUAACCAACAUGUUUGUUCGUCAUUUAACCAACGUGUUUGUUCGUCAUUUAACCAACAUGUUUGUUCGUCAUUUAACCAACAUGUUUGUUCGUCAUUUAACCAACAUGUUUGUUCGUCAUUUAACCAACAUGUUUGUUUGUCAUUUAACCAACGUAUUUGUUUGUCAUUUAACCAACAUGUUUGUUUGUUAUUUAACCAACAUGUUUGUUCUUCAUUUAACCAACAUGUUUGUUCGUCAUUUAACCAACAUGUUUGUUCGUCAUUUAACCAACAUGUUUGUUCGUCAUUUAACCAACGUGUUUGUUUGUCAUUUAACCAACAUGUUUGUUUGUCAUUUAACCAACAUGUUUGUUCGUCAUUUAACCAACAUGUUUGUUCGUCAUUUAACCAACAUGUUUGUUUGUCAUUUAACCAACAUGUUUGUUUGUCAUUUAACCAACAUGUUUGUUUGACAUUUAACCAACAUGUUUGUUCGUCAUUUAACCAACAUGUUUGUUUGUCAUUUAACCAACGUGUUUGUUUGUCAUUUAACCAACGUAUUUGUUUGUCAUUUAACCAACAUGUUUGUUUGUCAUUUAACCAACAUGUUUGUUCGUCAUUUAACCAACAUGUUUGUUCGUCAUUUAACCAACAUGUUUGUUCGUCAUUUAACCAACAUGUUUGUUCGUCAUUAACCAACAUGUUUGUUUGUCAUUUAACCAACAUGUUUGUUUGUCAUUUAACCAACAUGUUUGUUCGUCAUUUAACCAACAAGUUUGUUUGACAUUUAACCAACAGGUUUGUUCGUCAUUUAACCAACAUGUUUGUUUGUCAUUUAACCAACAUGUUUGUUUGUCUAUUAACCAACGUGUUUGUUUGUCAUUUAACCAACGUAUUUGUUUGUCAUUUAACCAACAUGUUUGUUUGUCAUUUAACCAACAUGUUUGUUCGUUAUUUAACCAACAUGUUUGUUCGUCAUUUAACCAACAUGUUUGUUCGUCAUUUAACCAACGUGUUUGUUUGUCAUUUAACCAACGUGUUUGUUUGUCAUUUAACCAACGUGUUUGUUUGUCAUUUAACCAACGUGUUUGUUUGUCAUUUAACCAACAUGUUCGUUUGUCAUUUAAACAACGUGUUUGUUUGUCAUUUAACCAACGUGUUUGUUUGUCAUUUAACCAACGUGUUUGUUUGUCAUUUAACCAACGUGUUUGUUUGUCAUUUAACCAACAUGUUUGUUCGUCAUUUAACCAACAUGUUUGUUCGUCAUUUAACCAACAUGUUUGUUCGUCAUUUAACCAACAUGUUUGUUCGUCAUUUAACCAACAUGUUUGUUCGUCAUUUAACCAACAUGUUUGUUCGUCAUUUAACCAACAUGUUUGUUCGUCAUUUAACCAACAUGUUUGUUCGUCAUUUAACCAACAUGUUUGUUCGCCAUUUAACCAACAUGCUGAAAACAUUGUUCUUCCCCGGGAUACUAUGGACCAUUAAACUAUGCGUUGAACAUAUUUCAUUUCUGCAGGGCACAGGUGACAGCGCCCAGGGCUUUGCAAACUUUGUAAUGUACAUUUUCUUUACCAGCAAGAUAAGAGAAAGAUUGUUUCAAAACUGCCCUUGUCAUUGCUCUGAAAGCGGUUCGAUUGCCUCCCCUAAAUCGUCCCGAAAUCAUGGGGACACAAGUCAACAUGAGCCGUCAGUGGGCACAUUAAAGCCCUCGAAUAAAAUACAACCAGAUCUUACAGGUAAUACAACUAGAUCUUACAGGUAAUACAACCAGAUCUUACAGGUAAAUACAACCAAAUCUUACAAAGUAAAUACAACCAGAUCUUACAAGUAUACACAACCAGAUCUUACAAGUAUACACAACCAGAUAUUUGAAGUAAAUACAACCACAAUUUUCAUAAAUUGACGUCAGAAAAUGAAUUAAAGGUGGGUUGAAUAAAUAUUCUUAACAAUUGAAUUGAUUUAUUGCGAUAGUUAACUUUCAGUUGAUCAAGCACAAGUUGUAAAUAUAGAUAGUAAGUACAUAUACUAUAACAUAAAUAGCCUGUUUGAACUACACAUUACAGGACACGUUUCGGAACCAGACUCGAGACAUGUCAGCACGAUAGAGAGCCAUAAAACAGCACAAGUCUACGGCCAAGAUGAGUCAGGGGCGUCGGCAACAGCAACAUGCUGGACCAAACCCCCGGAAACUGUUACACAACACAUGGAUACAGAUGCGUCAGGAGUAGCUGACAUAAAAACAAUUCAUAUUUAGAAAAUCGGAGUAACACAGAGAUAAAGAAGAAAGAAAUGAAAGGACA